AUGAGGCAGCAACGUGCGAUCGCAGCCAAGAAAGCCCCCAGCAUCCCGGGCUGCGUCCCCAGCAGCGUGGCCAGCAGAAAAUCACUAACCCCAUCUCAUUCCUGUGAUACGCUUGAGAAUUGGUUCUAUGAUGAAUCUUCACGAAGCUGCUGUUACCAGUGUCCCUCAGGCUAUGUUAAAAAGAAAGCAUGUCCUAGGGACCCAGAUGAAGACUGCAUGAGAUGUGGACCUGAACAAUAUGUGAAUGAAGCAUCUCAAAAACCACGAUGUGACGCUUGUGUAUCAUGCGCAAAAGAGUCUGACCUUGUGGAGAAAGAGCCCUGCUCCUUCAAUUCUAGCCGCGUGUGUGAGUGCCGCCCAGGCCUUUUCUGUCAAACCCCUGUUGUGAACACCUGCAUGCGAUGCCAGAAGCACACUGUUUGCAAGCCUGGUUUUGGGGUUAAAGUCAGAGGCACCUCGACAACUGAUGUUACUUGUGAAAAGUGCCCUGCUGGGACCUUCUCUGAUCAAAAUUCCAGCACUGACAUCUGCAAGCCCCACACAAACUGUGCCGAGUUAAACAAAGUAGCACUAAGCAAAGGAAAUGCCACACAUGAUCAGGUUUGCCUGGACCAAUUGCCCACCUACCUCACCCCAAGCACUUUGUCCAUGAGAUUCAGCGAUGAAACAAAUCACUCUGAGCUAAGGAGGUUUGAGGAGAACCUGGUGACCAUUGCUAGUAUCCUUCUAAGCGCCGGAACAACUGAAAACCCCAGUUCAACUCAUGAGGAGACAGCUGUGACUGGUCUAGUUCUUUGGGGAGUGGUUCUCUCUGUGAUAGUGCUUCUUGUGGGCAUGCUGUUAUUUUGGAAAAGGAAGGUUUGCAAGAAGCGGAUCCUCAUCCUCAAAGGAAAGCCACAUCUGCAUUCCGUCAUUUCACACAAACCCAGGCUCAAAUCUCAAGGUUCUGAUCUAGUGAACAAAUGUGCAAAGAUCAUACUGACUACUGACAGUGGGCCAGAAGAGAAGGAGUUAAUUGACAGGACUGUCCCUUUGGAAACCAACAAUAACUUGGUCUCCAGUACAGAAAAAUCAUACAGUCCUGAUCUGAGUCUGACUGAUGUGACACAGUGCAAUGGAAAUGCCCCAGAUUGCCCUGUCGAUUCUCGAGUGAGAGACCACACAAAUAAUCGAAUUGAAAAAAUAUACAUCAUGAACGCCGACACAGUUAUUGUGGGGUACGUUCCAGAAGUGCCUAGUGGCAAGAACUGUGCUGUUAGAGGAUGUGAAAGUAGUGUUGAUGCCCAGGAAAACACGGAAGAGGAACUGACAGUGCACUAUCCAGAGCAGGAAACAGAGUCUUUUCCAGGGAAUGAUGUGAUGGUUCCUGUGGAAGAGGAGGGGAAGGAAUUUCAUCACCCCACCGCUGCCACUGAAAAGUGGACAAUGGAAAAUGAGCAAGAUGACGAAGUGUGCCUUAAUAGUCAAAAAAAUGAACCACAAAAACAAUGA